UGUUGUGUGUUUGUCAGAUUGUGGUAAAGGUCGAGUCAAACCCCACAGACGCUCAGGACACUGUGUGUGACAGUAAUCACACCUUGAAUCAGGAUGAAUCUACUGAUCAAACCUCCACAGAGUCUCUGGAUUCUGUCUGUAACGCUGGAGAACAGCAGAUCCUGAACACCAGACCACUGAACAUGUGUUCUGUCACACUGAUGGACUGCAGGAAACUGAUGGAGAUGAAGACUGAACUCACAGUAAAGGAAGAACAGACUGAUGAAGAUGAUGAUUUGUUUCCUUCAGUGAAACUGAUGAGUGACUGCGAGAACGUAAUGGAGAUAAAAACAGAACCUAAACCAGAGGUGAAGACUGAUGAAGAAGAGAAUUAUGAAGAUUUACUUCCUUCAGAUGAGAGCGGUGAUUCAUGUGGUGAUGGAGAAACGGCCUCUACAUCAAAACAGCGACUGACAGCACAAACUCUUUCCUGCAUCACCUGUGGAAAGACAUUCAGUUCACAGAGACGUUUAGAGACACAUGAGAGAAAACACACAGAACAGAAACUCUUCACCUGCACCAGAUGUGACAUCAGCUUUCCUACCUUACAAGAGAAGAAACUUCAUUCACAAGAGCACAGAGACAAGAAACACUUUCACUGUCAGCAGUGUGAGAAGAAUUAUAGCUCCACUUCCAGUCUGAAACGUCACAUGAGGACACACACCGUAAAAACACCUUUCCCCUGCAGUGAAUGUGACAAGUGUUUCAGAAGCCAAGGAAAUCUUCUAACCCAUCAGAGAAUUCACACAGGCGAAAAACCAUACAAGUGUCCUCACUGCGAGUGGAAAUUUAAGUACAAAUUCCAUCUCACGAAACAUGCGACUGUUCACACCAAUGAGAGACCGUAUGAGUGCAGUGAAUGUGGAAAAACGUUUAAGCAGCCAUAUGAUCUAAAGUCACACCAGAGAACUCACUCUGAGGAGAAACUCUAUCAGUGUUCACACUGUGAUAAACGCUUCCUUAAAAAUUCUAAUCUGGUAACUCAUGAGAGAAUUCACACUGGAGAGAAACCUUAUCACUGCUCUCACUGUGGAAAGAGAUUUGCUGAUCCAUCUCAUUUCAGAGAUCAUCUGAGAAUUCACACUGGAGAGAAACCUCAUUACUGCAGACUUUGUGGGAAUGGUUUCAGAAGAUUGGAUACUCUAGUAAAACACCAGAGAAUUCAUACAGGAGAAAGACCUUAUAAAUGUUCUCAGUGUGACAAGACGUUUGCUCGACCAGAUGCCCUGAGAUCCCAUCAGAAAGUUCACACUGGAGAGAAACCUUAUCACUGCUCCAUCUGUGGAGAGAGAUUCUCUCAGUUAGGAAGUCUUCGAAAUCACCAAAAGAAACAUGCUGAAGAACAAACUCCUACGGAAUCAUCAAAGUCACCUCCUGAGAUGUUGACGAUGACGUCACAGGCGGAUGUGAAGUGCUCCGGACACACACAGUGUUCAGGGGAACAGAUGGACUGCACGAAACUGGAAAUAAAAACAGAGCCCACAGUAAAGGAAGAACAGACUGAUGAAGAUGAGAAUCAUGAUGAUUGUGUUCCUUCUGUCAAACUGGAGAACAGUGAGAACCUGGAGAUAAAGACAGAACUCAAAGAAGAAGAACAGACUGAUGAAAAGACUGAAGAAGAGACUGAUGAAGAGAAUGAUGAAAAGACUGAAGAAGAGACUGAUGAAGAGACUGAUGAAGAGACUGAUGAAGAGAACGAUGAAAAGACUGAUGAAAAGACUGAAGAAGAGAAUGAUGAAGAUAAUGAUGAACAGACUGAUGAAGAGAAUGAUGAAAAGAUUGAUGAACAGACUGAUGAAGAGACUGAUGAUGAUGAUGAUUUCAUUCCCUCGGAUUCAUGUGGUGAUGAAGAAACGGCCUCUACAUCAAAACAGCGACUGACAGCACAAACUCUUUCCUGCAUCACCUGUGGAAAGACAUUCAGUUCACAGAGACGUUUAGAGACACAUGAGAGAAAACACACAGAACAGAAACUCUUCACCUGCACCAGAUGUGACAUCAGCUUUCCUACCUUACAAGAGAAGAAACUUCAUUCACAAGCGCACAAAGACAAGAAGUUUAAUUGUGAGCAGUGUGGGAAAAGUUUUGCCACCUCGUAUAAUAUAAAAGUUCACCUAAUGUCACACACUGGAGAAAAACCUUUCCACUGCAGUGAAUGUGACAAAUAUUUCAGCUGCAAAGCUUAUCUUGUUGCUCAUCAGAGAAUUCACACGGGAGAAAAACCGCACAAGUGUCCUCACUGUGAGAAGAGAUUUGGCCGUAAAACUCAUCUAAACAGACACGUGCGUGUCCACACCGCUGAGAGACCGUAUGAGUGCAGUGAAUGUGAAAAAACCUUCAAGCAGUUAAACGCUCUCGAGUCACACCAGCAGAAACACACGGAUGAGAAACUCUAUAAAUGUUCACACUGUGAUAAAAGUUUCCAUCAGAAAGCUCUGUUGAUACGCCACGAGAGAGUUCACACUGGAGAGAAACCUUACCUCUGUUCUCACUGUGGAAAGAGCUUUACUACAUCAAGUACUUUCUGCAUUCAUCAGAGAAUUCACACUGGAGAGAAACCGUAUCACUGCAGUGUUUGUAAGAAGAGUUUCACUACACAAGGGACCUACUCCAGGCACAAGAGAAUUCAUUCAGGUGAAAGACUUUACAAAUGUUCUCAGUGUGACAAGACAUUUACUCAGUCAAGUGCCUUAAAAACCCACCAGAGAGUUCACACUGGAGAGAAACCUUAUCACUGCUCCAUCUGUGGAGAGAGAUUCGGUUAUUUAGGAAGAUUGCAGAUUCAUCAGAAGAAACAUGCUGAAGGUCAAACUUCACUGGAUUCAUCCUAGCGUCUUGCGUUUUUAGGGGUUAUAUUUACACUAUAUCUAAUCUGAAAUAAUUUGCAUAAACUCACAGUUCUCUAUAUAUUCCUCUGGUCCUUUGAAAAUAAUCGUCUUCUUAUUGGUUUGAGUCGGUCUUUAUUUUUCUCCUGUAUGAAUGGAAAUUAAUCAGUUUUAUGUUGUAAUUCUCAUUAGUCACUUCUUGUUCAUAUGACAGUUUGUAGUCAAUGAUGUGCAGCAGAUAUUUUUAAGCAUAAGUUUUACAGUACAUAUGCUACUUUGACAUACAAAUCAGAAUGAUCUCCUCGAGUGCUUGUCCAGCAUGCAUCUAAUGGUUACUGGUAUAGUAUCUUGAGUAUUUUCAGAAUUGUCUGGAGGUUUAAUGAGGGCUUUUUUUUGCAACUUCUGAGUCUAAUGUUUAAUGAGAAAUGUGUGUGAUCGCUCUGAUAGCACAUGAAGACAGAAGUUAUUGUCGUGGUGUUGUGUUUAUUUAUAGCUGGAAGUAAACUAUGCUGGAAGUUUAUUAAAUGUUUUGAACAAAGUCACUAUUACUGUAUUAAAAAUCUUUAUAUUUUUCUCAUUUA